UUUAUUUACUGGUUUGACUUGAAACAAUACCAGUUGUGGUACAGGUGAUGUUACUGUUUUGCAUUUUUCUUUUGCUCUGGCCCAGUAGCAUCAUCAGAUUCUUACAACUCUACAGUAAAUUUAAAAGUAUUACCUAUUACAAAUUAUACCAGUAAACCCUGAGGCUGCACAUAUAUACUGCAUUUAUUUCGGAUAUUUUCAAGUUGGAGUCUGAGAAAGAGACCGAGGGUUUAAGAAGUCAUCUUAGAAAAGCUGAGCAGCAGAUCAAACAGCAGUUAUACUAUGAGAACUAUGAGAGUGUGAAUUAAGCAUUCAUGAUGAAGACAGCCUGACUCUGACUGACACUUAAAUAAGUUGUAGACAAUACAAUAAUGUUUAAGAAGUUUAUGUUUUGUCUUUUUAGUUCAAAUGGACAGAGACGGAUCCCGCAUGAACUCCCUUGAUGGAGACGAACACCUCCACCAGCUUGAUUUGGUGGAGGCUGUUGCACAGAGCGGUAGGUUCCAUGAAGAAGAGAUCGCAUGGCUGCGGUUCUUCAUCAGUAAUGGACAGGAGCAUGAAGCCAUCGCUUAUAUGAGGCAUAUUGUUGCUGAACGUGACUAUGCCAACUAUGACAGCGCUGUCUUUCUUGGAGACAAUCUUGACAGUGAGGGUGAAGAUCAAGAGACUGACGAUGAAAGUUACACUGACAGCGAGGAUGAAGCUCCAGUGUUUGCUCCUUUCUCAAGACCAGUGCCUGGUGGAUACUAUGAAGGGUCUGACAUCUCUGACUGGGAAAGUGACACUGAAGAAGACCCAGAGUCAGGAGAAGGAGAGGAACACCUCCAUCGGCUUGACUUCGUGGAGGAAAUUGCACGAAGUGGUCGGUUCAAUGAAGGAGCGAUGACAUGGCUGCAGUUAGUUAUGAGUCAUGGACUGGAGUAUGAAGCCGUGGCUUAUUUGAGGAAUUAUAUUGCUCAGCGUGACAACCUUGUCAUUGUUGAGGAAGAUCUUGACAGUGAUGAUGAAGAUCAAGAGUCUGACGAGGAACUUCAGGGUUACAUGUCUGACUGGGGAAGUGACAGCGACAACAGCACUGAACAUGAAGCUCCAGCAUUAGCUCCUUCCUCAAGCCGAGGGCCUGUAGGAUCCCGGAGGAGGUUGAGAGAAGAGGAGAGUGAUGACUGGACAAGCAGCAAGCAGUUCAGGUGCUGUAAUGCAGUUCCUCAGGCUGUCUCCAGCAGUGACCCUGAAGAGAAAGACCCAGAGUCAGCGCCUUCCUCCAGACCAGUGGCCGAAAGCUCCAAAAAAAGAGCGAGAGAUGAGGAUGAAGAAGAAGAAGAAGAUGGGAGCGAUAGCAAACGGUUCAGACCCUGACAGAAGUCUGCUGCCAAACUUUACACCCCGUCUUCACAGAGACUUUCAUUUCACUGUCUUUUAGUUCUUUUCCUUCUUGUGCAAUUCUUCAUAAUAAAGAAAUAAAAACCGCA